GUCUUCUCAGAUGUGUUCAAGGUCGGACAGGCGGUUGGUAUUUUGAAAUGUCGGUCCGAAGGUGUAGGGCCGUAAAAUCAUCUGGGUACAGCCUAGCACAGCCGAUAGAUCCCGGAACGCUAAUACAGGACUCAUUAAAAAGGAGAUGGGUCACGGGUUCUGCGAUUGGUCAGGGUGGAUUUGGACGUAUAUACUCAGCCAAACUUGAAGGCGAAAAAAAUUUUCGCUAUGUCAUUAAAAUAGUAAGGAUUUUGGAAUUUCUAAAGUAAUCUUCAGGAACCGCAAGAAAACGGGCCACUUUUUACGGAAAUGCACUUUUACAUGAGGGCAUGUUCAGAAGACUCAAGUAUGUUUUCCAAGUGUAUUUUAAUCAGGAGUAUAAAAAGUUGUUACUUUACUUCGUACUUGGGUUCAAACUAUUGUUUUAGAAGGUAACUUUUUACUCUUCAGGCUGUACCUGGGAAAUAAUCCUUUGCCAUUAGAUACACGAUCAACAUAACUAUUGCUUGGCAUACCAUCAUGUAAAAUAACUUGUUAAAUAUGGGGAUGCUCUCCUCGAAAGGUAUCUUCCAAUCAUACAGACAAAUUAGUCAUAAUAGAGAGGUGUUUAGGUACUUUAUCCGAAAGUGUGUCCUGUUUCUUGAUGCAUCUCACUUUGCUACUAAUUGUUUUUAGCUUCAUAGUUGAAAAUUGAAAGUUAUGGGCUGUUCUGUUUCUAAAGUGACGUAUUUGUUGAGAGCCAUUGUACAGAAAUGUCGGUUUGGAGGCAAAGUUUAGCAUAUACAUACAGCUGUGACCAUCACUACACAAUAGUGAGUCUUGUUCACCAUCACCACCACAUUUUUGUGCAGUUAUUCGGUUAGACGGAUUUAUGGAAACCUUUAAGUGACUCUGAAGUAACCUUGAGAAGAUUCGCUUGCUUAUUACGGUCGGCAGUUGAAAAUUAUUAUGGGAAAUCGAGAUUAGGAUUUAAAGAUAGGGUUAGAAAUUAUGGUAAUGGUUUUCAACAUGAAAUGACAUCAGUUAUGAUGCAGAAACUCUACUUAACCAUAUGUAUGCCAAAAUCCUAAACUUUAGCGUUAGUUUUCUUGGUCUGUCCGUAAAUUACGGUCUCCCGCUAGUUACUUGUUUUGGAUGAAUUCCCUGGUAUUCACAUCACAUUCAGUGUAUCAUAUGCUUUCCACAGUUAAUAAGCGUUUACUUACGAUAGAAUUCCUUUGUGGCUAUCUCUAAAAUGCCGUUCGUGCGUUGUGAUUGAGAAGUGAAAUAAUCCUGAUGAAUCUUACUACUGGUAUGUAAUGUUAAAUAAAUAUAGCCUUAUUCUGAAAUUCCAAGACAUCGGAUAUCACAACUUGCAAGAAACUAGCUUGGGAGGUUAAUCCACGUGGUUCAUAAAUUUUCGGAAUGUAAACUUAUUAAGCAUCUAUAGUUUCAAGAAAUAUUUCUUGUUCCUCAUUAUGUAUCUGAUUGUAACGAAUAUGAGAUUCUUGGUAUGUACAAAAAGUCCGGUAUCUGAAAGCCAGUUAUUUCCACAAUGUGUACACUUAAGAUGUGAUUGGUAGCAGAUUUAAGUGCCUGCAGAUUACUUUAGAGUAUGGUCACAGUAGUGGUUUUAUUCACAAGAAAUGGUUUGUUUGUUACGAAUGAAAUAAUUCAUUUGUUUUUACUACAUCACUACCACCAUUGGAAAGUGAGACGAACCUCCUUGAUUGUGUUUUUUAGCACACCAAAAGUCUUUUUUUGCUACAAACAAUCGUUUAUCACCGUUGGGCACAGAAUGCAUAUUAUAUUUGUUAGCAUAGUAAACUGAGUAUUUCAAGAAUGAUUCUCAUGAUUCGUACUCAGUUUGUCUCGUAUUGUAUUACUAGCAUCACAUUUCCUCUCCAGACGGGCAUGGAUAAGCUGAGAAAGCUUUUAGAACAGUAUUCCAGUUACUCUUCCUCUUCCUUAGACUCUAAAUCUUUUAGGCAGAUAAUUUGCAAGCUUCAUCGUUCUUCGUGUUGAGAUAAACCAACGGAUAUUAGGAAUCUGUUGAGAUGUCCAAGCUAACUCCCUAUCCGAUAACGUAUUAUGUUUUGGAUUACAUUUUUAUGACUUCCGUUGAACCUGUUCCAUAUUUACAUUCUAGUUUUUAUACAACCUGGGUUUUUACUCAGCCAUAUUUCUGGAUAACGCAGUAGUUUUGAAUGUACAGACAAUAGAUUUCUGGGAUGUAAUAGUAUAAUUAGAUGAGUUACAGCUGUUCAAGCAGUAACCAAUGGUAUAAAGUCUGCUUGUGUUUGAAAAGUUAGGAUAACAGUGUGAUGCACCAACGUUGCCUAAUGUUGCGUAUCAGCAACAGAUUAUUAUCUACAUAAGACUAGUGAAGACACAGUCCUGAAACAGGUUGUUUCUACCUACUGGGGCUCCUGAAAAUGUGAAUUCAGGUUAACAACUAGCAUCGUAACUUCCUUACUAGAUUUUAUAGAGCAUAAAAUAACCUCAACACUCCUAAAGUUUAUACGAAAUGCUGGGGACUUAGUUAAGCUUAUUUACUGUGUGUAAUGUCCAUUUUUUGAGCAUUUAUCUUGUAAAUGACUGGUAAAAGUAUCCGCGCUUCAAUUGAUUAUAAGUAUAUAUUUCUGUCCUUGUUGCAAACCGGUAGUAUGUAUGUAUCAAAAUGGACUUUUUACCUUGGAUUCUUCGCUGACGAAUUGGGUUGCUAAUUUGAACAACUUGACUGCAGCCGGAAAUCUACGGAUUUGGAUCACUAUAAUUUUUUGGUCAUAUGGUAUCUUUCGUCAUCACAAGUAUUUAAAAUCUGGCAAAUAUGUUUACCUGACUGUUAAGGUGCUUCAGUUUGUUGCUUCCUUUGCAGGAUUAGAAAAGUUAAAUGUUGUUUCAAUUAAGUAGUGGGAACUGGUAACCAAAUAUAAGUUCUUAUACUAGGAUGUGGGUCAUAUUUGUUGCUCAAAUUAUUAAUAUUGCCAAACUGUUUGAUUUGAAGUAAACUGUUUUUGUAUCCGUAACCCAGUGAUCAAAAGUAAUAGACGUAUCAACAUGUCCCGGUUUCACUUUCAAUCUUUAUCCUGUUAUCAUAGUAUUUAAUGGCGAUAGUUUUGUCUUUAUAAUUGGGAAUCGUUUCAGUGAGUCUGUGACCCAAAUAACGUUAUGCGUUUACAGUUAGUAAGAUCCAUAAAAGAUGUCUAUCACUGUUCAGGCGUUUUAUUUCGUAAACUCAUCAAUCAAUCCGCUUGGUUUCGAAUACAUAUUUGUAUUUUAAAAUGUUCUCUCCUAUUUAAGAUUUAAACAUACUCAUAUUUGGUAAUGUUUACCUGUUGUUUUUUUCACACGGUUAAUAUAAAAGUCAAUUCAUGGAAAGUAAAACACUCCCUCAAAUACCUUGGUAUUCCGAGGUAUAUAAGCAGUGGAUCAAUCAAUUUAAACAAAGCAGCUCUCCGAUUUCUUGUAAUGGAUCGGUUUUCUGGAGAUUUGGAAACUACACUAAAAAAUAAUGAAAUAUCCACAUCUGGUAUUCUAGAAGCCUGUGCAAAUGUGUUAAAUGCGUUGGAAUAUUUGCAUUCAAGGGACUAUGCACAUGCAGAUAUCAAAGCAUCAAAUCUUCUUCAUAGAACGUCGCAACAGGAGGUUUAUUUAGCUGACUUUGGUCUAGUUCACUUAUUUCGUUCAAAAGGUGUACAUACUGCUGAAAAGGCAGAUCCAAAAUUUCGUCACAAUGGAACAAUAGAAUUUUGUUCAAGAGAUGCACAUAACGGACUUCCACCAUCUCGUAGAGGAGAUUUGGAAAUUUUGGUUUACAAUCUCAUUCAUUGGUUAGCUAGAUCUCAUCCAAAUGCCCCUCAAUUGCAUUCGACAGGUCUUCCUUGGGGACAUCUCAUAUCAGAUCCAAAACUGCGUGCAAAUGUCCCUGAUCGUGUGAAAGUGGCUGUGGCUACCUUAAAAGGGAAAACAAUGAGAAACCCUGCUGAAUUGGUAUCACAAGCUGGUUACGGACCUAAUCCUGAUAUACUAGCAUUUAUUCAAUCUAUCAUAAAGCUGAAUUAUACAGAUACACCAGAUUAUUCUCGUCUACGUCAAUUAUUGUACAAUGCAAAAUGUUCUUUCAGCAAUAAACAAUCUACCGUUGUGCCAAGCUAUAAAUUAACUAUGGAAUCGGAUGAAACAAGUAUCAAAGCUUCGCCUUCACGGCGUAAAUAUAAUAUAGAUAAUUCUUCAAAGAUCAAUGAUUCACGCGCUUUAAAUUCAGUGGAGAAUUUGGAACUUAUUCAUACAAUUCCAAAAACUCCAGAUAGUUUACCUAGUAAACGACCCCGAGGUCGUCCACCCGGUCGUUCCAAACAGUUAGAGAAUAUAUCACCAGCUGUUACUUCUUCGUCUGAAGUAGUAGACUCUCUAAAACACUCUAAAAUUUUUGAGAUUGAUGCUAAACCAAACUCUAAAAGAACUAAUGUGAAAACGUUGAAUUCUCGAUCGAUAUGUUUAAAUUCACCAACUAAAGCAUCUACUCCUGAUGGUGGUGGACUUAUGUCGACGGUAUCCGGUAAUAGAUUUUUGAGUCCUAGUAGUACUAGUAGUAGUAAACAUGGUAAUUCUGCAGUUCAACAACGUGUCCGAACUCGACUAAUUGAUUUGUUUUCAGACAGUGAUAAUGAUGAGUCAUUUGUUAGUCAACAUAACUUGUCUAAAUCUCGUAAAGAUACAUUGAAAUCAGCGCCUAAACUUCAAUCACCGAAGCAAUCAUCACCGUUUGUCAAACAAUCACAACAACAGAAACGUCAACUACUAACAAGUUCUACUUCAAAGCAAUCCCUGCUUAAAUCCCCAGAGUUUACGUCUUUAACCGCUGAUCGUAGACGUUCCGGUUGGUGUCAAACAUCACCAGAACUGUUAGCUGUCGCCAAAGCUGAAGCAUUAGGUCGUAAGGCUUUGAAACUUGCAGAAAUGAAUUUCAAUUGAACCUGUUUCAUAUACAUAUAUACCUGUUUGUGGAUGUAUAUUUAUGUCUUUGGUGUAUCAAUGCAUUUCCUUUGAUCAAAAUGCUGUGGAUAUUUAUGUUUCUUUGUGAAGAUAUUUUUUGUUCGAUGUAUUAUUUUAUUCAUAUCACCAUAUUUUUUCAAUUUGUUGGAAGAGGUUGUGGUAGAUCUUUAUUUUUUUAAAUAUCUGAAAAAUUUAUAUAUAUGAUGCUUCAGUUUUGUCACUUAUUCAUCGAAAAAUACUUCUUCCUCCGUUUUUUUCCACCUUAAUUUGUUUAUUAUAUUAUCGGGAUGUAUGGUUGCCCUAAUAAGGAGACAUUUGAUCAUCAAUAUCUUCGAAGUAUUGAGGUAAAGCUACCGAACGUGUGGUUGUAAGGUACAAAGUUCUUGGCAAGGAAAGCUAUUCAAUCGUUAAUGUGAUGAACCUUCACUACGCUGUUUUAUUUCGUCAAGGGACAAUAGCUAAAUUACUACUAGAAAGUAAUAGCGUCAUAGUUGUGUGGAUCCAAGUGUGACAUCAAUUUACGUUGUCACUGGCUGUUGUUUUGAUGCACAUAAGGAAGUGUAAUUUACUUGAGUGGUUGGUUAAAUACCUCCAAGUAACGACUGAUCCGAAACUGGGAUAUCCCUACUAUAUUCUAGAUUUUAUUUUCUUUCUUUAGAUUUGUUUUUACCAUAUGUAUUUUUUCUUUUGUGUUGCAAAUCGUAGCAACUGCCAACAUACUUUGAUAUCAUUAGUUGUUAUAUUCAAUAAAGCGAUAACUAUAUAUUUUAGCUUAAUGAUCAACCUGAAUUUUUCGACAGUUUUAUUGCUAAUGAAUGGUGAAAGAAUAAAUGCGAUUUUAAGUUGGACACAUUUAUUCGUGUGUAAAACAGAUGAAAGAUCCCAAGUGUAUAACUGAAAAAAUGUAUGCGUCUACCUAUUUUGUUGCUACGUUCUUUUCUACUCAAAUACUUUUCUAGUAGUUUAAAAUGUAAACCUAAAAUUAUUGUCAAGUUUACUCAGUAAUGUUAAAUUUUUUCUGUAGUAAAUGUUACUCAGAAAGCAGUGUCUUCCGUAAUAGUCGAGAAUAUGUACACGCAUUCAUUCAUACCAUAUAACUAACGUGUUGAGGCGGAUAAUAAAUGUUCUAUCAAACU